GACAUCUGAAGCGUCAUGUAAUCAUAUCAUGACCAAGGUUAUCCCGAAGGUACUGGAGUGAAAUAUGAAGAGCGUUUGAGGACUAAUAAGAGUGACGUCUUUUCUCGGAACCCCGGUCGCGAUGAGCGUCCCCUGUUUUUUGUCCGCCGCUGCCCGGAGCUUCAGCCUGCAGAGUCCGGCCGCCGGUCUGCUCUGCUGCCGGCUGCUGGGCCACAGCUCUUCCAUAAGAAGGAACAUGUCUUCCAAAAGACAAAUUGACCACCUAGAGAGGACAGCGAGUAACUCCAGACAAAAUACUCUGUAUCCAGCUGAAGUAUGUGGAAUCAUAGAUGAGUCAGACACAGUGAAACGACUGAGAAUAGCCGUCCAUCCAGAUUUCAUCUUUAAAGCAGGACAGUGGGUGGAUUUCUUCAUCCCUGGCGUGGAGACGGUGGGAGGUUUCUCCAUGUGCUCCAGCCCGGGUUUGCUGCAGCGGGAGGGAGUCAUUGAACUGGCCGUCAAAUACACCAAACACCCCCCAGCACACUGGGUCCACACCAUGUGUACGGUAGGCUCCAGUGUGGCCAUGCGUGUCGGUGGAGACUUCUUCUUUGACCCAUCACCCUCCGACCCCUCCGUGGAUUUGCUGUUGGUGGCGGGUGGUGUGGGAAUCAAUCCCCUCUACUCUAUUCUUCUGCACACGACAGAUCUGCUGCAUCUCAACCGAGCCUCUGGUGGUCGGGGCUACAACAUCGGCUCUGCUCACCUCUGUUACAGUGCCAAGAACACCCAAGAGCUGCUCUUCAAGAGCUCUAUCAUUGAGGCGUGUCGGGAGUUCCCUGACAAGUUCUCCUGUGACUUCCACAUCACGCAGCAGAGCACAGAUGUCGACCCACACCUCCAGCCAUUUCUCAAGCGCGGGAGAAUCACAGAGGAGGAGUUGCGGGCUCAUGUGGAUCCACAAAGGACUUUAUGUUACUUGUGCGGACCCCCGCCCAUGAUCGAAGCAAUUUCAAAAACCCUCAUGGACCUCGGACUCCCGAAAGACAGGAUCCUCUUUGAGAAAUGGUGGUAGAACCUCCUACGAUUCCUAGAAACCAACAGGGUUGUCCUCCUCACAUGUACUCUCUUUGUGGUCAUCAUAUGGGGCGUGGAGGAGUGGAAAGUGACUGAAAUUUCCCACUGAUCACGAUAUUAAUAUGAGUGAAUAGAUGAGGAAACUGAUUCUCCGGUCCCUGCUGCUGCAGCCUGUGACUGAUCUGUGAUAGACUGCUGGGACCACCCACUCUUCAGCUAGCAGCUGACUCACAAAGACAAUAGAGAUUAAUUUUAUUUCUUAUAAUACAAAGAGGAAGACAUCUGCAACAUCUUUGCCCUCUUCUUGUGUAUAUUGGAUACUCUGUGAUGCACAUGCUGCAUAACUUCAAAUCUAUUAACAUUUCCAGCCAGUAUAUACUUAGCGUAAUUUGCAUCAAACUCUAUGCAAAUGUGUCUUAAAGCAAUAGUUUGACAGUUUAGGAAAUAGGAAUUUUUUUUAAAAAAUGAUUUAUUCUGCUCUACGAAGAGUUAUGCGGUAUGGCAAGCCGAUUUAACGUUUUGCCGAGUUUGAUUAUCCAGAAUUAGAAUGACAAAGAUCAACGUCUUUUUGACUAGUUAGAAUUACAGUUAAUAAUCUGAAAUUAUGUUCUAAAUAUCUGUAGCGUAGUCCUGACUAGUCAAAAUGAUGGAGAUAUCUGUAGCUCAGUUUGACUUCUCACUGGAUAUUGAUUGGACCAACAAAGCAUUUGAAUGUUAGCAGCAGGAAAGGCAGCUGGAUUAGAUCAUUAGAAAAGGGCUAUGAAAUACAAAUAACUCAUCAGUUUGUGGUGAAGAAGGAAGAGUUUGUUUAUUCAAGACUUGUGAUCAAAAUGAAAAAGAAGGCUUGUCUGACACGGCGGUAAAAUGUUUGUGCUGUUAGAGUACGUCUGAAAAGCAAGCUUGACUUGCCUCCAACUUCCAGUAGCUUCUGACAUAACUGCAGGUAUCUGCAACAGCAUUUCGCUCAGUCAGAACUUUUAAUUCUAGAUAUCUGUAAUUAUAUUAUGAUUAGGAAGAAUUACAGAGUCUGAAAUGUUCUUUUUGAAAAGGGAGAACUGAAUUAUGGGUAUCUGCAAUACAUAUCCAGUCUAUUAAUGAAAUGUUAAAAUAACCUGGAUGAAAAACCGUCCAGCACAUAACCGUCCGUAAAACUUUUGAUCCUUUACACUGUUUUUUGUAUGGAUGAUGCAAACCUACUGUGGUGUGCUGAGCUCAGUGGGCAGAUAUAGCACGAGAAUUCUGGAGAGUUUAGAACUUUACAUGCCGUGUAUCCUCUGUGACAGGCCUAUUCAUGCUUUCCGUGUCUGUGGCAAAGGUAACCAGCUGCUUGUUUUAGCCACAUAUUAUAGUAGAAGGGUGGCAGCAUGGUAUGGAUCUGCUCACGCCACUCUCAACGAGAAAGCAAAUAUCUUUAUUUCACAAACUGUGAAGCUAUUGCUUAAGACACAGAUGUUCACUGCAAACAAUAGCGGUCUGUUAUUUUACACUCUGGUUAGAUAUUUAUGAAUUUUCUUCUAACAAAAUACCUCUGUUGGUUUGGUAAAAGUUGUUUUUUGAAGUGUUAUACUCAGUAACAUAACUCUUUAUUUGCAGAGCUGAAGAAAUUUGAGAUAGUUUGGCUGAAAGGCUCGACUGAGUUACAUCUGAGCGAUUUUUUUUUUUUUUUUCACUCCUCAACUUCACACCACUGAGCAUAUUUUUAGAGUCUCCCACAUAUUGGCCAGCAUGAUAAACGGAAAGACAUCUGCAACUUCCCUGCCCCCUCCCCCUUCUUGUGUAUAAAUGGUACACAUUCACACCGUUCCACACAUACACAUUUCCUAUCUCCUAUACACUCUCUGCUGCAAUCAAACACGUCCACAUACCCAUAAACUGUUUCUCAUCCCGGGGUAGAGUGAGUAUCCCACGGUGCCCCGUAAUGGAACCUCCAGGUGGUCUCUCAUUGGCUUGGUUCACUGAACAUCCCUUGGAGAUGGUUGCAAGCUUCUUGUCGUCAUCUCAGUGGGGGUAGUGAUGUUGAGACUCAUUCUUGAGUUGUUUCUGCAUUUCUUCCUCGUGUGAGGAAAACUGUUUGACUGUAACGCGAGGUUCGAAUGUAAUAAAGAGAAUUGAGUCAA